AUGGGGUUGAUCUUCCUUGCCAGUACUUUGUUCCUCUGCUUAUGCGCGGCUGGAUUGCCGUUGCCACAGGGCGGUGGUGGGGCGGGGGGCCAUGGACAGCCGCAGGCUGGCUCGCCGAGCACCCCGGGCCCCGGCGGUGGCAUAGCUGGCAGUGGCACCCUAGGCGCUGCUGGCGGUGGUGCCUCUGGCUCUGGCACCGGCGCCGCCGGUGGAGUUGGGGGUGGUUUUGGGAUAUCAGGGGGAAGUACCGGCCGUGGAGCCGGUGGCGGUGCUGCCGGUGGCGGUGGGGCAGAUUCCUUAGGGAACGCAGAGGCGUACAUCUUCUUAGCGCUGCUGAUCGGAUUCGUGACCGUGGUGGUGGGCUGCUGGCUGUCGGACAACUGUUGGUCCCCGGAACCGGAAGGGGUGAUCACAGUGGCAUAG